CAAACAUCUUGAGCGUGGGAUCUCGGAACUAUUUUGCGUGCCUCGGCGCCCGGCCGCGGCCUCCGCCCCGGCCCGGGCGCCCGCUCCGAUGGGCAGCCUGGCGCGGCUGCCGCCCGAAGCGCUGCAGCGCUGCCUGCUGCACCUGCGGGCCACCGAGCUCGCGCCCUCGCUGGGGGCCUGCAGCCGGGUGCUGAGGCGCGCGUGCCAGCAGCCGGAGCUGUGGCGGCGUGAACUCGAGGUGCGCUUCCCCGACGGUGCGGGCGCGGCGCUCGCCGACGGGGCAGCCGCCGACGGCGGCAGCCAGCGAGGGGGCUCCUUCCGAGGGGCGCUCGUCGCCGAGCUGCGCGCGCACCACGCGGGCGAGCGCGGGCGUCAGGCUGGGGAGGCCCGGCGCUGCCAGGAGGCCGUGUUUUCGCUGCAGGCGCCCGUUUUCUGUGCUCUCCCUGUCCAGGAAAUUGUGGUGGCUGUUGCUGGCGAUGGCUUCCAGUGUAGAAGACUCGCGCCGGGAAUCGGCACGAGUCUGCUUUUUGAGCCGCUUAUGCCUGCCUGAACCAUCUAGAUCGGAA